UAAUGUGUAGAAAUACUGUGUAAAUCAAGCAGAGCUAAAAAGUUUUCCAAAGCAAUGUGUAAACAAGGUAUCAUCCAGCAAGUUAAUGAUUACAAUAUCUCUUACACAGCACUGUCUGAGUUACACUCAGUGAACUGACCGAGUGUCUUAGCAUUUGAGUGGACACAAUGUCAGGGAAACGUGUGUGUGUUUCAGACUUUGAGGUGGAAGCCAGGGAAAUUCUUCCAAAAGCUGUGUAUGAUUACUACCGCUCAGGAGCUGAUGAACAGCAUACCCUGGCAGAUAACGUUGCUGCUUUUAACAGGUGGCAUCUUGUUCCUCGGGUGCUGAGGAAUGUGUCCACAGUGGAUCUGUCUGUCUCUGUGCUGGGCCAGAAGCUCAGCAUGCCUCUCUGUGUUGCAGCCACAGCAAUGCAAAGGAUGGCUCAUCCUGAGGGAGAAAUAGCUACAGCAAGAGCAUGCAAAGCAGUCGGAACCGGGAUGAUGCUAAGCUCCUGGGCCACCUCCACUAUAGAGGAAGUGAUGUCAUCAACAACAGCCUCUCAAUGUGGUGAAGGAGUUCUGUGGCUUCAGCUUUACAUCUAUAAAGACAGAGAAUUGACACUUUCAUUGGUUCGCCGGGCAGAAGCUGCGGGCUAUAAGGCCAUCUUUGUCACUGUGGAUACCCCAUAUCUAGGUAGAAGAUGGAACGACAUGCGCAAUCACUUUCAACUACCCCCCCAUCUGAGCAUGUCUAACUUCUCAUCAGCCUCUCUUGCUUUCUCCGAGAAGAACUAUGGCAAUGACAGUGGUUUGGCUGUUUAUGUUGCAAAAGCAAUAGACCCCACUCUAUGUUGGGAUGACAUCACCUGGCUGAAAAAACAAACACAUCUGCCUGUGAUUGUGAAAGGAGUGCUGAAUGAUGAGGAUGCUGUCAAGGCAGUGAAGUAUGGUGUUGAUGGCAUCCUGGUAUCCAAUCACGGAGCGCGACAACUGGAUGGUGUACCAGCCACGCUUGAUGUUUUGGAAGAAGUGGUGAAGGCAGUAGAGGGUCGUUGUGAUGUCUACCUGGACGGAGGAGUGAGGAGAGGGACAGACGUCCUAAAGGCUAUAGCCCUUGGAGCAAAGGCUGUCUUCAUUGGCCGACCAGUGCUGUGGGGCCUUGCCUGUCAAGGGGAACAGGGAGUAGUUGAAAUUCUGGAACUACUAAAAGAGGAGCUGCGACUGGCUAUGGCUCUGUCAGGUUGUCGUUCCUUAUCAGAGGUGAGCAGGUCCCUGGUCAGAAGAGUGGAGUUUGCUUCCAGGAUGUGAGACAAGAAACUGUUGUUGGAAACUGGAAACAUUCUGAUUAUUUAAUGUGCUGUUUUGCCCAAAAAAAUGUAAUAAGAUGAAAUGGCUUGGGCACACAUAAUUACA